AUGAGACUAGCCGCUUAUGCUGGGGCCUCUACGGCUCUGGCUACGGCCGUUGUUCUGAAGGCGCUUCACCAGAGGGCUAAUUUUUACGCUGCUUGCGUAUAUCUUUCUCAGAGCAGUGCGAAUCUCAUGAUACUUACAAAUUUGUGUCUUCUCGUUGUCGGGUUCCUGUUGUUCUGGCUUCAACGUCUCCUGUACGGACCCUUGCGGCCGAUUGAAACCGAACAGCUUUACGAAAAGGCAUGGUUUGCGGUCACAGAAACAUGCCUGGCAAUGACGAUAUUCCGAGGGGAACUUGGCGGAUGGUUCUUGGUCAUGUUUGUUUGUCUACUGGUUGGAAAGGUCUGGGGCUGGAUUGGUGAAGGCCGCGUCGAGUUCCUGGAGCAGCAACCCCCGGCCAAUCCGCGCUUGUUUCACACCCGGUUGGCGGUUUCCCUCAUACUGGCAGUACUGUUCGAUUCAUUCAUGCUGAAAUAUUGCAUAACGACCGUCCUUGAACAAGCGCGGCCGGAUAUGAUGGUUAUGUUCGGGUUUGAGUUUGCGGUCCUUACUAUCCUUUCCAGCUCAACCGCCGCCAGGUACACCAUCUCACUCGUUGAGCUAUACAUAACACGGCAGCAGCUAAAGGCCAAGGUUGAAGAGCGCCGCCGGGAAAUUCGUGCCGCCAGAGAAGAAGCCCUACGGCAACAUGCCCAAACCGGAGAGACGCCUUCAGCUGCCGAUCUGCCCGACGAGAAUGAUAUCGACGAGAUGGAACUUGAUGUUCCUGGAUGGGAGGAGAAGGGUCGUUGGAUCUUUUACCUCGAUUUACUCACCGAUUUCUUCAAGUUGACGGUCUACCUGAGUUUCUUCGCCAUCCUUUUCAUGUUCUACGGCCUGCCUAUCCAUAUCCUCCGCGAUGUGGUCGUCACUAUCCGUUCUUUCGGCCGACGGAUAAUGGAUUUCGUCCGCUACCGCAAUGCGACCCGGGACAUGAACGAGCGCUACCCAGACGCCACUCCUGAGGAGGUAGCAAGAGAAGAUGUUUGUAUCAUUUGUCGUGAAGAGAUGGCUCAUUGGCAGGAGCCUGCGGGCGCGGGUGAGGGCGGGGCAGCGCCUGCUCAGCCAAGGCCUCGAAUUCCCGAAAGGUUACGUCCAAAGAAACUCCCGUGCGGUCACAUCUUACACUUUUCUUGCCUUCGAAGUUGGUUAGAAAGACAACAAAAUUGUCCCACCUGCCGACGCCCCGUCAUGGCGCCUCCGCGUGACCGCGAUCACCCUCUCGGGGAUGUCAAUGUUGGUCAAGGCAACGGCGGCGCCGGUCCGCAACCACAUAUGCCAGCUCGCAAUCAGCCCUUCGGUCAGAACGGACCGGCUGAUAACCUACCAAGAGCCCGUAUAUUCCAGUUUGGGCCAUUCCGCAUUGGUUUUGGGGCUGGUCGGGGUGAUCUUUUCCGCAAUUUUCACCAACAAGUUCAUCAAGGCAAUGGCCCGGCGCAACAAGCGAAUAAUGCAAACCCUCCCGUUGCCAGGCAGAUCGGUUUUGGGCUUGGGUUUGGACGACCGGUCCCAGCGCCAGUGCCCCAAGUUCUCCCGACAAAUACAUCGUCCAACUUUGCGCAGAUGCAGAAUCAGCUUCACCAAAUGGAGCUGCAGAUAAUGCAGGAAAUUAACAACCUCCGUGUUACCGCCGAACAGUUGCAUCAUGUGCGACUGCUCCAGGCUGAGCUACAAAGACUUCGGAAUCCGCCUGCAGCUUCCAACGAUCCGAACACUACCAUAUCCCCAGCAUCUAGUUUCCAAUCCUCUUCAUCUUUGUCGGCAACAUUACGUCGGCAAUUCACCUCAGAUCCUCAAGCCUCGGCCAUUCCGUCCGGCGAUUCUCGACUCCCAGAGGGCCUUAGUCUCCCAGAAGGCUGGUCUCUCAUUCCCCUUCAAACAGAGGGACAGGGUCCAAGCGGUAUCUCGAGUCCAAUUCCUACAACUGCCCCAGAACCUACCACCGCGGUGCAAGGCCGUGAGGAUCCUCCUGCCACUGAGAACUCGGCGCCGCCAAAUGGGGAAAGCUCGGGUACAGUCGAUGCAGCCAGCUCCACUACUCCCUCGCUGCCUGACUGGGGCUCGGAAAACCCCACGACAGCAACGCAUUCGUAUACCGGAUCAUCGUCUCGGGAUUUGGGCAAAAUUGUCUUCGGGCAAUCGUCAGAAAAGAAGGAAUCGUCCGCAUGGGAUAAUGAAGCCACGAAUGCAGAUGAAUCACCAGAAUCGUCCUCGAAGGGCAAGGCGCGGGUGGUGACAGUUGAGGAUGCUGCGGACGAGGAGGCUUAA